UUAAGAUUUCAAAUUCUUUUUGAUAUUAUUAAUAGUGCAAAAUUCCAGUGCAAUUUCUGUCUGACAGUUUGAGAUUGAGAUCCAAAUUACCAUGGACAGCAGUUAUGAGAGGGCCAGAAAGCUGCACGACGAGGCGGGAGUGCCACCUGGAGGAAUCACGCGUUGUUGCUGCAACUGCAGGAGAAAGCUGGAUCCCUACCAGCUGUUCGACGACAAUGUCGAGGACAUAGCCAAGAGUCUGUCCCAGAUAAUGCUGAUCUGCGGCAUCAGCACGACCAAGUCCUGUGCUGCGAAGUCGAUAAUCAAGCGGGCCUUCGUGUACCAUGAACGAUUGCGCACCACCUGUCCACCUACUCCAACGCCAGGGAGUCGCCUGAACCGGGAGGACUUACUCCAGGCACUGCGACUGAAGUGUGAAAUGGAGCCGGUGGAGGCGAUGCUCACCUAUGCCAUCAUCAAGCGGGCCUUCAAGGCAUUCUACCAUGGCAAGCCACCUGUUACCAUCAGUAAUCCCAUCGUGGACGCCAUGGCAGUGCACACCCAACGGGCAGCUUGGAUGCACGCUGCCCAUAAGACCUCCAGGAUCUUCGACAACUACAGAGCGGCCUUCUUCUGGGCCCACAAGCAGUACGAGCGGCAGAUUACUCAGGUGUAUCAGUCGCUAUACCAACGGAUGACAACCAGAUCGGAUCCUCUCCUUGUGCCUGGCUGUCCCUGCAAAGGUUGCUCCAAGCAGGAGGUACCCGGACAUCCCAAGGCUGGCCAAAGGCCGAUGACGAAGAUCAAGCUAUCGGAGGGUGCAGAUCUUCCAGAGCCCUGCCUCCUUUGUGGCUUGCAGGUUCCCCGAAAGGAGAAGGAUGUGAAGAUAAGGAAGCUACCGCGACCCAUUACCAACCAUGAGGUUAAUCUGCCCAGAUGCGAGCAGUGCAAUUCUCCCUUCCUGAUCUGCGAGUGCAACAUCGACCAGUUGACCGGAGAGCAGUUCGGGGAAUGUGGCCAGGACUCCUACAAGGUGAAGUGGUAUCGUUUGGAGCCACCACACCACAUUGACGAACCCAAUGUUCGAUCGCAUGGCGAUGAGGAGCAGCACACCAGCUACGACGAGGCGCUGGAGCCUCCGGAGGACUGGGACAACCAUCAUUGUCCCAUCGACUGCAAGCACGACUCCUGCAGCGAAUCCACGAAUGUUUGUCAUAGCACUUCGUCCUCGGGAUCUUCGGAAAGUGACUUUGCCACCUGCUCGGAGGGGGUGGAUAAGGAGGAGGACAUUGUGACCAAGUUGGAGGAGUACCUAAAUAAGCUCUGGGCCGAGGAGGUGGCUCAGAAGAGGAAUCCAUCGUAUGUGCCGAGGACCAUUGAGCCUCCUGGUCCGAGGUGUACCAAGUGCAAGGACUAAUUAUAGAGUUUAUAUUUCUAUGUUCAUAUUUUGGCUACAUAAAUUAUUAGUAUUGAGUGAUGGAAAGUGGAAA